AUGGCAGGAAUCUACAGUCUUCUGUGCGUUAUAAUCGCGACUGCGUUUACGCAUGGCGUAAACGCAGUCGAUUACUGCAACGUGAAAUCAUGUGGACGUAGUCAUACUGUGUGCAUGUUCCCUUCGCCAAUACCAUCGCCAAAGUGCGCACAAUGGACUAUUAGUGGCCUUAGUGCUGCUGAGAAAGCAGCUGUAGUAAAUAAACACAAUGAACUGAGACGGAGAGUCGCGUCGGGUCAGGAAACCAGAGGUAAUCCAGGUCCACAACCUGCAGCGGUUAGAAUGCCAGACUUGAGUUGGGAUAGCGAAUUAGAACUGGUUGCACAAAGAUGGGCCAAUCAAUGCAAUUUCGCUCAUGACACGUGCAGAAAUGUGGAUAGAUUUGCGGUUGGUCAGAACAUAGCCAAGACAAUGCACUCGGGAGAAAACACAUCUACUGUGCAAAGCAUGAUCCAAUUAUGGUACGAUGAAGUAGAUUAUUUCGACAGAAAUCUAGUGCAUUCAUAUCAAUUUGAUCCAGCUACCGGCCAUUAUACUCAAAUAGUUUGGGCUGAUACGACAAAAAUCGGUUGCGGACGAAUAAAGUAUCAGGAAAAUGGUUGGAAUGUGCACUAUUUAGUUUGCAACUAUGGCAAAAGUGGAAAUUGGAUCGGUGAGAGAAUAUAUGAAGCUAAAUAUUAAAUCCGAUCGCGAGAUUAAAGAUGUAAUAUAAAAAAUAGCAACAUUUGGGGAAAACUAAAUAUGAUA